AUGCAAACAGAAAAUAAUCUUGAAUAUGAAACAAUACAACUUUAUUUAAAUGAAGGUUUUCAAGGUGGAGAAACAACUUUUGUUCAUUUUUGGGAUUCAACUAAAAAUGUUUCAUCUAUACCACGUACAGGAAUGGUACUUGUAUUUCAACAUGAUUUACUUCAUGAAGGCGCACCAUUGAGAAAAGGUCGAAAAUAUACAGUUCGUACUGAUGUUAUGUAUAAACCUCUUAUGUCGAAAACAUUGUCUAAUUAUGAUUCAUGA